AUGCAUCCGAAUCUGGUGGUGAAUCAAGCAUCACUAUCUCUUGCAACUUAUAAGGAGGCCCAAGGAAGUAGGAAAAAUACACCUCAAGCAUCUAGUACUCAAACUGGGUGGUCUCCUCCUUCUUCAGGUUCAAUUAAAAUUAACUGGGAUGCUGCUGUGGAUGUGCCCCAAGCUAGAGUUGGCAUUGGUCUGGUGGCCCGAGACCAUGAAGGCAAGGUUUUAGUCACAAAGCAGUUUCUUGUCUCCUGCAUUCCUGACCCUCUAUUGGCUGAAGCUUUAGGAGCUUUUCAGGCAGCUUCUCUGGCUAAGGACUUGGAGUUCAGCCCUGUCAUCUUGGAAGGGGACGCUUUGCGGAUAGUGAAUGGCAUUAAUCAACAGGUUGAGAGAUGGGAUAGGGUGGGAAUGGUCAUGUAUGACACUAGUUUGGUGCUAUCCAGUCUAUGCCAAUGGUCUAUGGCUUUUGUUAGGAGGUGUGGCAAUCAAAUGGCUCACAAUCUGGCCAAGGAUUCCCUUAAGCUAGGAGAGAGUUCAGUUGUUGUGGUCUUUGGACCUCCCUGUAAUCGUGUAUCUCCAUCUUCCUUGGUUUAA